AUUUCUUCAUUCCAGAUUCAAAUGAAUGGUUCUUUUGGUGCUUACUUGAGAUUCUGAGACUUUCUUCCAUACCUCUCUUUCUCAGAUCAAAAACUAAAAACACCUAUGACUUGCUCUUUCCAUUUCCAAUACAUUCUCAUCUCUGCACACCUCUAUUAUUAUUCCAUCUUCUAUCUAACAAUUACCUUGUCUGAAAACUCACCCUAUAUUCCCUCUGAUAACAUAGCUCUCAAUUGUGGCUCUUCCUCUUCCAUCACUCCCCAGUACGAUGCUCGAAACUGGACCGGUGAUAUUGGUUCCAAAUUCGUAUCUUCUAACAAUCCUGCAGCCACCACCAACUCUACCGCGUCCAAAGCCUCUUUCAUGAAUCCCUCUGUCCCAGAAAUUCCUUACUUGUCUGCUCGUAUCUUUCACACUGAAUUCACAUACAAUUUCAAUGUCACUCCGGGCUCAAAAUUCGUCCGCCUUCAUUUUUACCCGUCAUCUUAUACUGGUCUAGAGGACACAUCUAAGUCUUUUGUCACCGUCACUGCUUGCUCUGGCCGCUGCCACACUCUCCUCCGCAACUUCAGUGCUUCGCUCAGUGCUGAUUACUUCGAGGUACCAUUUCUCAUGAAGGAAUUUAUUGUCUA